UUACAAGGCGAGGCCUUGAGAUUUGAGUAGACCCUUGUGGGUUGCCACAUAAUACGUUUCGGAAACAUUGAUGUUACAGUAAUUCUUGCUUCUAUCUUAGAUUCUUGCCCUCAGAUUAUGAAAUGAGGCACCCUUUUUACUAGACAUGGCAAGAGAAGAGGGCAUCCCUCUUUUUCAUUCUCAAUUUAAUUUCCUGUUUCCUGUGCAUUAACUAAAAUCCCUCUCUCCUUGCAACAGUUCACAAUUGCUGAAACAUUAACAACCAUGGCUGUUGAUAUAUGCUCAGAAAGUUCAAGUCCAGUGGAUAGUCCAAGACUCUCAUUCUCUGAUGAUAUCACAGAAAUAGAUCUCCUCCACUAUGCUAGAUCAAAUGCACUGCUCCCAAACUCCACGGUAGAUUUCAAUUUCUGCCUCAGUCAAGGCUUGUCAGAAAAAAUCUCUCCGGCUGAUGAGCUCUUCGCCAACGGCAGAAUCCUGCCUGUUGAAAUCAAGAAAAUCACACCCCAGAAAGAAACUCAUCAACCUGAUCCAAUUUUAGGCCAUUGUGAGGCAAGACAAGCUGCAACGAAAACACAAGGAAACGUAAAUGAUAACACGAUGAAGAAGCGUUUGAUCGAGUUUCUAUCCUACAACUCUGAUGGUGAUGAAGAGGAUAAACCACUGCCACGACCAUUCUGGCAGUUCAGAAGAAGCAGCAGUUUGAACUGCGAUACUGGCAGGACUAACGGAUUGCUCCGAUCCCUACAGUUUCUAACACGAAGCAACUCAACGAGUUCUGCUCCAAAUCAAAAUCCAAAAGUUAUUCAAAAGCAGCACUUGUUGAAAGAGUCAGCAACUUACGGCUCAAAUUCAAAGGUUAGAGCGAACAGUCAAUACUGUUCUCACAAUAAUACAUGGAAAAAGCCUUCUCUAAGGAAGAGUAACAGCAGUUUACAUGGCAUGAAUGGAGUUGGAAUUAGCCCAAUUUUGAACAUUCCUCCCACUUACAUUAGCAAAGGUACUAUAACUCUAUUUGGUUUUGGUUCAUUUUUGUGCAAUAAGGGUUCAAAGAAGAAGAAGAAGAAGAAAUGAAGGCUCAAAGUUGUUCAUAUUUCUGUACAGUAAUGCACCUAAUGAAAUUAUUGGUUGCACGAAGUAGAUCUAUCCAGUAAUAGAAUAAUUCGUUAGCUGAAACAGUAAAUAUAGAACUAAUUCACUGGAUAUUUCAUGAUUGCAGUAAGAAUAAUUCACAUAUAUCGACAAGUCAAAAGUUUAUAACAAGACAUCCUUAUUUUAUGGAAGGGGAACUGUGCGCAC